AUGGCAGACAGCAUCAAAAUCGCUGUACGUGUCCGGCCCUUUAACUCGAGAGAAAUUGAACGGGAUGCAAAAUGUGUCAUUGAAAUGAAGGACAACAUAACGACAAUUAUUAAACCUGCCGUCAAUGAUCAACCAGAAGAAAGGAAGAGUUUCACCUUUGAUAAAUCGUAUUGGAGUCAUGACGGAUAUAACGAGAACGAUGUUGGAUUUUUCACACCGCAAAACAACAAGGCACCACCACCAUAUACAGAUCAAGCCAAAGUCUUUGAGGAUUUUGGAACCACGAUGCUGGACAACAGUUUCAAGGGAUACAACACGACAAUGCUAGCAUAUGGUCAAACUGGGUCAGGAAAAACGUACUCAAUGUUUGGGUUUGGUCCAAACAGAGGCAUAGUGCCUCAAGUCUGUGAAGACAUCUUCAAGAGGAUGUCAGCAAACAAGGACCCAAACGUUUCCUAUCAAUUGACUUUGAGCAUGCUCGAAAUCUACCAGGAGAGAGUCCGAGAUUUGCUUGGUCCUGAUACAGCAAACAACCUACCAGUGCGACAACAUCCAAAACUCGGCUUUUAUGUCGAAGGGCUGAAAUCCCUACCUGUGCAGAACUAUAAGGAAAUUGAGUCGCUGAUGGAUAUGGGUACGAGGAAACGAACGAUGGCCGCUACUACGAUGAACGCUACCUCAUCAAGAUCACAUUCUAUCGUCACGUUAACUUUUGUACAGCAGUUUAAAGCUGAUGAUACAGAGAAACGUAGUGUUAUGAAUCUGGUCGAUUUGGCUGGAAGUGAGCGUGCAGAUUCCACUGGUGCUACAGGGAAAACUCUCAAAGAAGGGUCAAACAUCAAUUCCUCAUUGAGUGUGUUGGGAAAUGUUAUUGCAGCACUGGUGCAAGUGCAGAAUGGAAAGAAGGGAGUCGUCGUGCCUUAUAGAGACUCUGUGUUGACAAGGUUGUUACAGAAUGCCUUAGGAGGAAAUUCAAAGACAAUCAUGAUGGCCGCACUUUCACCAGCAGACAUCAACUAUGAAGAAACUUUAUCAACACUGCGUUUUAUGGAUAGAGCUAAAGCUAUCAAGACAUCAGCUGUCGUCAAUGAAGAUCCUAUGGGCAAGCUGAUUCGAGAACUCAAAGAAGAGAACGAGAACCUGAAAAAGAGACUUACGGAUGGCAAAGGUGGUGAAGAUGUUGACGGUUUGCGGUCUCAGAUAGCAGACCAAGAGAAAGUUUUAGCCGAAGUUAGCAAAGGGUGGGAGACCAAGUUGAAGGAAGCGCAUCAGGCACUUGCGAAUAAUGAGACUGAGAUGCUGAAACAGAGGAUGAGGAGUAUGCCGUAUAUGAAGAAUAUUAAUGAAGAUCAAUUCCUUACUGGAAUGUUACUUCUGUUUGUUCCACCAGGUGAACACACCAUCGGCCGAAAGUCUGAAGACAAGAGUGUUGCACUACAAUUAACCGGUCUAAGCAUACUCGCACGACAUGCCGUCAUCAGCAACAGUGGUGAUAAACGACCUGGAGCAAUCACCAUUCGACCAUAUGAAAAUUCAGCCAAAGUGCGAGUUAACGGUGUGGAAUUGACUGAUACGAUCAAAGGAGUUCCGUUGAAACAUAAUGCUCGUAUAUUGAUUGGUACUCAGCACCUCUUUUUGCUGAAACUGCCGCAAGACACUAAUGGACGACGAUUAUCGAUGGCUGAAGAUCGUGAAGCUACGUGGUUGGAUGCUCAAAAUGAAAUUGCUCGUGAAUCUGGAUACAAGAAGGACGGAACCGAUCAGAUGGCAGCGCUUUACCACGAUAUUUCUGAGAUACUACCAGCUGUACGCGAGUGCAAUGCUAUUGCAGAGGAGUUGGGUGAACCAAAACAGUACCAAAUGUUGAUCAAGACAAUACGAGCUGAUGCAUCUGAAGCUGAGAGGAAGGACAUGAUUGGUAUCAAGGUCUCGGAUUAUACCAUGCAUUGUAAAUGGGUUAUGGACAAGGCGAAAUUUAUGGCUCAUCGUCAGCUAGUACAGGACAUGUACUCUGCCUUCUCACUCGGAGGAGACAAAGCACUAAGUGAAAUACCAGCAGACCGCGAUCCAUUCACAAUGGUUCCGGAAGAUUGGUUGAUUGGAAGUGCAAGUGUCGAUGUAAAGCCUUUGCUUUAUAUCAUCGACGUCGCUGACACAGCAAUGGUGACUGGUUCAGAUGGUGCCAAUGAAGGCAUUCUGAGAAUUCAAGUCGAGGGAGACUUUCAACAAAACAACAAGAAGGGGUCACAAUUCUUUGGCACCGAUCCUUCACAGCUCUUGGGCAAACCUAUGAGUAUCAAGAUAACGGUUCAGCAGGCUAUGGGUUUGAGAUGGAGCAAAGGUGGUGUCUACUGCUCAUACCAGUUCUGGAAGAACAGCACCCGCCGCCAGACCAAAGUCAUAACGUCCCCAAAUCCACCAUUCAACGACGUGUGCACUAUUCGCAUAGACUCUAUAACCGAAGAGUUCAUAGAGUACAUGAAGACAACACCACUGAAAAUCAACAUAUAUGGAAAGUACGAUGAGAAAAUCAUGCAACAAAUACGCAGCACCCGAGUAGCCAUGCUUGAUUCUAGACCUGGUACUGGCAAUGCUGCACAUCGCACCAAAUCCAAGUCAGGUGCUCCUGGCGGCGGACGUCUAUCUCGAGUAUCUGAAGAAGAUGCAGCAAACGCCAAGAUUCGUUACGACAGAGCCAUGAACAAUGUAGAUCGAAUUGAGAAUGAAGUUAAGGCUCAAAAGACCCGAUACGAUGAACUGGAACAUACACUAUCCAAACUUAAUCAAACAAUGGAAGAACGAGCAGCCGAAAACAAGGCACAGCAAGACCGACUAUCACAACAAUUAAUUGACAAGACACGAUCUCUUGCUUUCGAAACGCAAAUUGGAGCAGAAAACCAAGCCAUGAUGGCAGAUCUGCGAGGAAAUCUAACUGAAUGCCAAGUCAAGUUGGAUGCUGCGUUGAAAGAUGUCAAGCUGUAUCAGAUAUCGUUGGGUCUUAUUUCAAAUGAUCCACCAGUGUCUGUUAAAAGAAGCAGUACUGUUGUCAAGCCAUCAGAUCCCAAAUCCAAGAAACCUGCUCCUAAAGGAGGUAAAUCUGGUGACAAGAAGAUUGCGGAAGAAGUUAAACCUGAACCUGUACAAACUGCUGUGCCGAUACAACCACCGUCUCCUGGAUCCGUCACUGAAUCUCAUUUGCAAAAGGCGUUGGAAUUGGCGACUAAACGCGUGGAAGAAUUGGAGAACCGACUAGCUCAAAUCCAAGGAGACCAAGAGACUGCCAAAACGCUGGAAAGUGGAAGGGCAUACCAGGAAAAACUCGAGAGUCUUGUGAAUGAUUUGGCAAGACUGAUAUUCAUCAGCGGCAGUACUGAAGCCCGGCAAGAUGCAAGCAAACUGCUACAGAAUAGUGAUGAAAAGCUCAAGACGGUGAGAAAGAUACAGGCUACCAGUAACAAAGUGUAUCCUGAAGGUGCCGAGAGCCAAAAGAAAGGUGGAUGUGUGAUUCAAUAA